CACCCCUCUCACCGUCGUUCGCGAUGCAUUUCUCGACGACGCUGCUCGCGACGUACGGCCUCCUGCAGGUUGCUGCGGCGUUCCGGCUGCCCUUCCGUCUUCCCUGGGCACACGCACACCUCAACGACGGAGAGCAGGUUCCUCUUGCCCUCCCGACAGAGGAGUCGGCCGUUCCUCGCAUUGCCAUCGUCGGCGCGGGCGCAGCCGGUUCGUCGGCUGCAUUCUGGAUUGGAAAAGCGAAGGAGCGAUAUGGUCUUGACGUUGAGGUCGACCUGUUCGACAGCAACGGGUACAUUGGAGGACGUAGCACUACAGUGCACCCUUAUGAAAAUCCUGAACUACAACCUAUUGAACUUGGCGCCUCUAUAUUCGUAGAAGCCAACCUGAAUCUCUGGCGUGCCACGGAAGAAUUUGGGCUCUAUCGCUCAGACUGGGAUGAGGGAGAGGACACCACGGGGCUCUGGGAUGGUUCUCAAUUCGUAAUCACGACCAGCGGCGGAUGGUGGGACGCCGUCAAGGUGGUCUGGAGAUAUGGCUUUUUCGCAGUGAGCCGCACGAAGGCACUGGUUCAGUCAAUGAUCACAGAUAUCUCAAACCUUUACGGGCAAGAUAUGGGAUCUAAGCCGUUUACGAACAUCACGACUUUGGCCACCGAGCUUAACUGGACGGAUGCCGUCGGGCAGACUACGACGGAAUUCUUCGACGAAAAGGGGAUUAACCACAAAUGGACAGCAGAGAUGGUGGACGCUGCAACUCGUGUCAACUAUGGCCAGGAUGCCGACGCGAUCCAUGCGCUUGAGGGCAUGUGCUCUCUUGCGGCGACAGGGGCAUCGCAAGUCAUUGGAGGUAAUUGGCAGAUCUUCGACAACUUCGUCAAGCGAUCCAACUCAAACGUGUACCUCAACACUACGGUUAAGAGCAUUUUGAAGAACGAGGACCAUUAUACUCUUCGUGCGCAGACCCACGGCUCGUCCCAUCUCAUAGAGAGAACCUACCGGGCUGUCAUCAUUGCCGCCCCCUUCUACAGCAGUUCCAUCGACCUCUCCCUCAUUUCGGCGCCUGUGAUCCCGCCGCAGCCGUACGUGCAUCUGCAUGUCACGCUCCUCAGCACGCCGAACGCGCACCCCCGCACGCGCUUCUUCGGGCUCAAGGACUCUGACUCGGUCCCUACCACAAUUCUCACGACGUCGGAGGCCGUGCGCCAGAACCCCGACGCACCCCCGCCGGAGUUCAACUCGAUCUCGUACCACGGCAAGAUCCUAACCCUUGAUGGCCUGCCUGCGAACACGAGUACGGAUGGUGGCGAGGAGUGGAGCGUCAAGAUCUUCUCGAAGCAGCGGCUCGAGGACAGCUGGCUCCGGCGGGCGUUCGGGAAGAUCGGGUGGGUCUACAGGAAGGAGUGGGACGCUUACCCAGUGCUGCCGCCGGCCUCGAAGUUCCCGCCCAUCAAGCUUGAACAGGGCCUGUACUACGUCAAUGCUUUCGAGCCAUUCAUCUCCACGAUGGAGACCGAGACCAUUGCCGCGCGCAACGUUGUCGAGCUGCUCAUGCAAGAGGAGUUCGACGCCAGCAUCUGCAAAAGUGACGACACUGGCCCCAAGAACGAUAACACUACGUUCGUGUACGGCUGGGACUGUUGAACCGUAUCCUUCAGUCUCCAUUGAACCAUACGCUGCAUGCUCUUAUGUCUUGCUGAAUUUUUUUUAUCAUUUGGAACGAAACGAGCGUCUAGAUUUGCGACUGCUCGUAUGUCUAUAUAUUGCUCAGUCCUAUGCCUUGGUUUUACUUCGCUUCAUUCAGGCUUCAUUUGACAAAAUACAUUUUCUUUCGACUCAAUUUCGCGCAGGCAUUACGCUGUCUAAGCCUGGUGACGGUGGUCGGGAUUAAUAUC